UGCUACCAGUUUUGGAAACAAUAAAGUGCCACUGGAUUCUUCAGCGGUUGCUGUGAAGGAGGAUUUCAACUAGCAAAUGAAAGACCCACACAUUGUAACAAAGAUGGCGGCAAGUGCGAAAAAUGACAAGAAAAAGAAAGGGAUCCUUGACUCGAUUUUAGAUUCUGAAAAGCCACGGAUUGUUAACAAAUGGGAUGGAAAUGCAAUAAAAAAUGCUCUUGAUGAUGUUGUUAGAAAGUUUUUCACUGAAACACUAGGAUUUGAAGAGAGUCAUGCAUACAUUGAUAUCAGAUUGGCGCUGAGUGGAGCAGGAUGUGCUAUUGCAUUGUCAGCUCUGGCCUAUGACUACCUUUUUCCUUACCCAGCAUCUAAAUAUGUUGUUCUUACCUGUGUCAUAACAUACUUUAUUUUAAUGUCAAUUCUCACCGUUUUUACUGGAAUGGUUGAAAAGAAUUAUAUUCUGGUGGCUAUGGAAAAAGAUAAAGCUGGCUUGGAUCCAUCUAACACAUGGAAAAUUGGCACUACACUGCAACGAUUUGAUCAUAUGUUUAAUCUAACAAUUGAGUAUCAAGAUGGAAAAACCAAAGAAAUCCAGGAAGUGGAUCUAAAGCAGUCUGUGUCAAAAUGGAUAGAUGAAGAUGGGCUUUUGCUUGCAAAUGCAUUUGAAAGUGAUAUUAAAAACCUGAAGAAUAGUCUAACUGGAGAGAAAAAAGACCAGUAGUUAGGUUGUUUAAAGUAAGACUUAAGAUUAUUAUAGUUUGGAAUUAUUUCAAAGUUCAGCUGAGAAA